AAGCAAUUAUGUUGUAAGACAUUAAAGAAAGAGGAUGUGAAGGGUUUACAAGAUGAUAUUGUCAUUAUUUUGUGUAAGCUUGAGAAAAUCUUUCCACCAGCUUUUUUUGAUGUGAUGGUGCACUUGGCGAUACACUUGCCACGUGAGGCUAUGCUUGGAGGACCUGUGCAUUAUAGAUGGAUGUAUCCCAUAGAGAGGUUCUUGGCCAAACUUAAGGCAUAUGUGCGAAAUAAAGCUCGCCCAGAAGGUUGUAUUGCAGAGACAUACAUUUCUAAUGAAUGCUUAAUGUUCUGUUCUAUGUAUCUUACUGGGAUUGAGACUAAAUUUAACCGGGAAGAGAGAAACUUUGAUCGAGAGAAAGAAACAGUUAGCCAAGGAUUAUUAAUUUUUUCAAGAAGUGUCCGCCCUUUGGUGGAUCAAAAUAUGAGGUCUUAUCAGAUCAAGAGUUUGAGAUGAUUCAGUGGUAUAUAUUAAACAAUUGUGAACUUGUCGAACCAUUUUUUGAGAAACACAAAAUGGAGCUUGAGUUGCAAAGUACAUUAUUUGUUGAAGAAAGGCAUAAAAAGAAAUUUCCAUUGUGGUUUAAAAAAUUUGUUACGUCAUUGCGAAAUCAAGGCUUGCAAGAAGUGUCGGAUGGAUUAUUUUCUUUAGCUUGUGGUCCAGAUAGACGCGUUAGAAAGUACACAGGAUGCAUUGUUAAUGGGGUCAGAUUUCACACAAAAGAACGUGAUUUUCAUUUGAGAAGUCAAAAUAGUGGUGUUAUGGUUGAAGGAAUGCAUGAAGAGAAGGAAAUUGAUUUUUAUGGUGUUUUGACAGAUAUCAUUCAAUUAGAUUAUAUAAAAGGAUGUGAGGUUGUCAUGUUUAAGUGUAAUUGGUAUGAUGUUGAUGGUAGGAAGAGAAGAAUUCAUAAAGAAGGUAAUUUAGUAAGCAUUAAUGUUAAUAAAUGCUGGUAUGAAAAUGACCCAUUCAUAUUAGCAAUUCAAGCAAAGCAAGUUUUUUACUUGGAUGACAUCAAGUUAGGUAAAAAUUGGAAAGUAGUGCAAAAGUUUCAUCACAGGCACUUGUAUGAUAUUCCUGAGAUUGAACAAAUUGAAGUUUCUGAAAUGUUUGAUAUGGAUGACAACAUAGAUCAAGAGAAUGAAUUUGAAGAGAAUGAUCGGACUAUCCAUGUUGAUGAUUUUGGAAGACAAUCACUACAUAGAGAUGAUGUUGCACCAGAUGUCAUUGAUUUUGAUGAUGCUUCCAUGGAAAACUUUGGCCAACAGAGUCAAAGAGGGCUUAUUGAUAUUGAUGAGGAAGAGCUUGGAUGCAAUGAUGAUGAUGAUGUUGAUGAUGUUGAUAAUGUUGAUGAUGAGGACGAUGAUGAUAGUGAUGUAGAUCCUAUGUUUCACUAAAUGCUAGAAUCUUGUUGUUUUACUCUCAUUUCAAGGUAUUUAUCCUAUCUUAAUCAUAUGGUUUGUUUAUUUACAAAACAUCAGUUUUUC